AUGUUCAGGACGGGGGAAGACCACCAACAUGUUGAUCGUGAAGACAGCGAGCCAAACUCCGAACAUGACGAGCUUGGGCAUCACGACGGGCUCGGCGAGGGCCUAGGAUGUCUGCCAAACAGACAUGUCAGACAUGUCCAGCCGGGCGAAAAGAGACACAUCACCAAGGGGCUCAACACUGAGCUCCUAAAGCUCGGCAAACACCUUAAGGGCUGGGAUGUUCCGAAGAUGGACAUCAGUUCCCUGGGGGCCACCGUUGCGCUCCUGUACACCAAAAAGAUUCAGCGGUUCGAGGACCCAAAGAUUCUGGCGCCGCUCAAAAACGUAUCCACGUCAAGCAAGAUUUUCGCCACUGGCCAGCACCUCGAGAAUUACGUCAUGCGCGAACAGUUCGACGCGGAGCUCGUUGAAACUAUGAAACCAUCCCGGAUUCCAUCAUCCAAGUUGACUUCUUCGCGGCCUGGGUCUCCUUUUUUCCCUUCGCGCGUUCCCUUCCCAUUUUAG